CCCUUCAUCUCCAUCCUCACACUCUCUCCAUACUCUGCUUCACAAAUACCAAACAAACAUAUAUCCUUUCUUGAUAGAUCCCAUCCGGUAUCUCAUCUUCAUCUUCUUAAUUUCUUCUUCCAAAGAUCCCUUCUUCUGCCAUGGCCUCCGCCUUGUUCUCCGCGCCCACCUUCCAGGGUCUCAGACCCCUCAACAAGCCCACCGACUCCUGCUUCUUCCCCACAAAACCCUCCUCCGUCAAACUCACGGCCGCCAGUAAGCCGCGGAGCUGGGGCGGCGGCGUGAAAGCGGAGCUGAACCCGUCGCUGGUGAUAAGCUUGAGCACGGGGCUGUCGCUGUUCCUGGGGAGGUUCGUGUUCUUCAACUUCCAGAGGGAGAACGUGGCGAAGCAAGGGCUGCCGGAGCAGAACGGCGUGACCCACUUCGAGGCCGGCGACAGCAGGGCCAAGGAGUACGUGAGCCUGCUCAAGUCCAACGAUCCCGUCGGAUUCAACAUCGUCGACGUCCUCGCCUGGGGCUCCAUCGGCCACAUCGUCGCCUACUACAUUCUCGCCACCUCCAGCAAUGGCUACGACCCCAAGUUCUUCGGCUAAAAUAUAUAAAUUUAAUUGCUUUAAUUUAUGGAUGUUGCUUAGUUAAUUUCUAGUACCGAUCAGAAUCAUCAUCCAAUGAAUAUAUAUAUUAAUUUGUUGUUCGCGUGUAA